CUAUUAAACCCGCUCGAGAAAUGCAUUCAAAUACAACACUUAAUCAAAGAAAGAAAAAUUGCCAACAAUUAAAACCUAAUCUGACUCCCAUACUCGACAAAAUAAGCAUCAUCGGGUUUGAUCCGGGCACUAACAGCAAAGCAGAGAAGGUUUUGGUCCUAACACUUCUGUAACUAUCACAGAUCUGUGGGAUCAGGGUUCGUCAUUCACGGCCUGAUGAACUUCUUGUCCCAUAUCCUAGACCGCUUUGACAUGUCAUGAUAAAGUAAAAACUUUAUGAACUCGAAAACUCGGACAAAAGUUGACACGCUUUUAAAGGCGGGUCCCUGUUGUUGGGGUCCCUGUGGUUAUUGGUUCUCAGUCCUUCACGUCCCUGUAUGAUGCUUGGAUGUUGUUGUUCACUGUUAUGGCCGUGUCAUCUGUGACUGUUUUAUUAGCUAUUUACUUGGCUAUCUUUACAGUGAACAUAGAGAAGGUCUUAGUGCAAGGAGGUGCUAAUGGCCCUUAUGAUCAGCCUAAAGGACCGUGGAAUGGCAAGUUUAAGAUGGAUACGGCAUUAGUAAAUAUUACGAAUACUUUGUUUUCAAAAAAUUUCAGUAUAUCAGGAGUAUCCUCUAAUUGUUAUCAGUGUGAUUAUCAAGUUUUACGGCAGAAUGCUUAUCAAUAUGCAUACGUUAUAUUGGACACCAAGCAUCCCUUUAAAUUAUUCAUACAGACAAAGACAAAUAUGAACUGCACUUUAAAGUCGUACCAUUUUCAAGAGUAUAAAAAAUAUCAGAUUGGUAUCCGCACUGUAGAUGAAGAGGAUAAAUUAACAUGUUCAUUUGAUGAAUAUCCAAAUGAGGGGAUGCAAACAUAUUUUCCACUUUUUGUUGCACUUGGAGUUCUUAUUGGUAUGGCUGUUGUAUGGAUAUUGAUAACAAAAACAUGCAGGAAGUAUCAUCUAGGAGCAAGAUGGGGGAUCUUUGAUGACCACGAGAGCUUGAUUAACGCUGAUUUGGGAUCCCCUAAUCAUUUGAAUCGCUCUGUUUCACCAACUGAAGACACUGUAUCAGAAUUAAAGCCAGAAAAGCCUGCCAAACAAAAGAGACUAAAUUCACUGGAUACUUUUAGAGGGAUAGCUUUGACAAUCAUGAUAUUUGUCAACUAUGGAGGAGGUGGUUAUUAUUUCUUUAAUCAUGCUAGAUGGAAUGGAUUGACAGUUGCUGAUCUUGUGUUUCCAUGGUUUAUGUGGAUCAUGGGUGUGUCYAUCACACUAUCAUUCCGUGGAUUAAGACAACGUCAAGUCAAGAAACGCCACAUCUUUAUUAAGAUCAUUAAGCGGACUGUCAUUCUAUUUCUCCUUGGGCUCUUCACUAGUAACUUGGGGGAUUUAACAAUUUACCGUGUACCAGGAGUACUCCAGAGAUUUGCAGCUUGUUAUUUUGUUGUAGCUUUAGUUCAGCUUAUUGCAGGACCAAAUGAAGACUCACAGCCUACAGGCAAAUGGUGGGAUCCUAUUCGUGAUGUGGUAGUCUUGUGGCCGCAAUGGUGUUUCAUGAUCAUGAUCCUCGUCAUCUACAUCAUCUUCACCUAUGCAAUCAAGGUUAAAUCUUGCCCCAUUGGGUAUACAGGCCCAGGGGGUAUUGGAGAAGGCUAUCCUGAGGCAUAUAACUGUACUGGUGGUGUUGCUAGUAGAAUUGAUGAGUGGAUCUUCAAAGAUCAUGUGUAUCAUAAAGGAACUUUUAAGGACCUGUACAGAGUGACUGUGUAUCAUGAUCCAGAAGGAGCUCUUGGUACUCUCACAUCUAUCUUUCUUGUCUUUCUGGGAGUACAGGCUGGUAUAACUCUCUACACAUACGCCACGCACAGGGCUAGAGUGUCACGCUGGCUUGUCUGGUCUGUCAUACUGGGUUGUUUGGCUAUUGGUCUUAGUGGAGGUACCCAGAAUGAGGGGCUCAUACCCAUCAACAAAAACCUAUGGUCUGUCUCCUUCAUCUUUGCUACAGGAUCCAUGGCUUUCAUUCUUUUAGCAGUUUGUUACCUGACAGUUGAUGUGUUUGACCUGUGGAAUGGAGCGCCUUUCAUCUAUCCUGGUAUGAAUUCUAUUGCCAUAUAUUGCGGCUCAGAACUGAUCGGAGAACACUUUCCAUUCAGCUGGAAUCUGGAGGAAUAUCACACACAUGGAGAACAGCUGCUGAUGAACCUCGUGGGGACUGGAUGUUGGUUAGCCCUGGCUUAUUAUAUGUAUUACAUAGAAUUCUUUGUUAAAAUAUAAUCAAAUAAUUUGCAAAAAAUAUGGUUACCAUGGCUACCAUGGUAAUACAUUUGCGCAUGCGUUCCAAAAAUGUUUGCAUAAAAAUUGAUUGAUUUAAUAAGACAAGUGAGUCGUAUCAUAACCCAAAAUAUCUUUAAUAAUCAUAUCACAUCAAAAUAUUGUUAAUUGAUAUCUGUAUUCCAAUGGACGUUUCCGAACAACUCUCAUCCACUAUCCAUCCCAAUAUGCAAAGCAAACUUUAAAGAUCGUGCGCAUUGGAAGUAUGACGUCAUGUUCUACAAGCCUGUUUACCCAGGAUUCAUUGGGCUGGCGGGAAACAUGAAGAUAAGAAAUAAAUAAGAUAAGGAAAUAUUCAACUGGACACCAGAUUUCCACACAUUGACAUACACCUACAGACAAAGAUCUGCUAUGUUACUCCUUUUUAAAAAAUCGCUGGUGAGUUAUAGAAUAUUUCCUGCUAUUAGUCAAGCCAUUCUCGUAAGCACAUAGUCUAUUAAAGAUAUAUAAAUGUAUAGAUAAAAACCUUAGUUGGAAACUAAUAAUAAGAAUUAUACGUGCCACACAGGCAUAAAGGAUAAUGAUGAUAGGAUAAACGAUGAAAGGAUAAACGAUGGAAGAUGAUUUUCAUUUUUUGAAGCAAAUGCAAUUAUUUGCGACAUUUCAGUCCAAAUCCCUUUUAAUAAUUAAUUCAGCGUUUCUUACGAUUUUUUAGUUUUUAUUUUGAAUGCCAAAGAAUCAAAACGAGAGUAAUCUGUAGUUGUAUAUGCCAUUCUUUAGCUUCUAAAUUGUCUGAGCUCCCUUCAGUAAACAUGCAGAUAGAAAGACAGAAAAAACAGAUAGUGUAUUUUUCUCUAAUUGCCUUCAUGUUGCAACGUUUUCUGGUUAAGAUUGGUAGACGUUCACUACAAUAAACAUCUUUCUGUA